UCCGGGGCCGCCGGUGUGACGUGUCCCGCGCCUGGCGCAGCAGGAAGCGGCGGCGGUCUCGGCCUGAGAGUUUCCCCGAACGGAGCCGGGCCCGGAGUCUUUUUUUUUUGCCCCAUUUGUCCAGCCGCCGCCAUGCUCGACUUCUUCACCAUCUUCUCCAAGGGCGGGCUGGUGCUCUGGUGCUUCCAGGGCGUGAGCGACUCGUGCACCGGGCCCGUUAACGCGUUGAUUCGUUCCGUGCUGCUGCAGGAAAGGGGAGGGAACAACUCCUUCACCCAUGAGGCGCUCACACUCAAGUAUAAGCUAGAUAACCAGUUUGAGCUGGUGUUUGUGGUUGGUUUUCAGAAGAUUCUUACGCUGACGUAUGUUGACAAGUUGAUAGAUGACGUGCACCGGCUCUUUAGGGAUAAGUAUCGCACAGAGAUCCAGCAGCAAAGUGCAUUAAGUCUCCUAAAUGGCACUUUUGAUUUCCAAAAUGAUUUCCUGCGGCUCCUGCGGGAAGCAGAGGAGAGCAGUAAGAUCCGUGCUCCCACCACCAUGAAGAAAUAUGAAGAUUCUGAAAAGGCCAAAAAACCUGUGAAAUCCAUGAUUGAGAGACCGAAUGAAAAGCCCAAGGAGAAAGCAAAGAACAACAAAAAGAGCAAGGGGGCCAAGAAGGAAAAUGUUGAUGGCCCUUUGGCUACGAGCAAAGCAGCCCCAACAGAAAAGUCAGCUGGGUCUGAGAAUGGGGUAGAACUUUCCAAGGAGGAGCUAAUUCGCAGAAAGAGAGAAGAGUUUAUACAGAAGCACGGGCGUGGCACGGACAAGUCAAGCAAGUCCACAAAGUCAGAUGCUCCAAAGGAGAAAGGCAAGAAAGCCCCACGUGUGUGGGCUCUGGGUGGCAGUGCCAAUGAAGUCCUGGACUAUAGCGCCCCUACCACCAAUGGAACUCCUGAGGUCGCUCCACCUGAGGACAUUAGCUUGAUCCGAGGGACUGGACCUGGGGGGCAACUCCAGGAUUUGGACUGCAGCAGCUCAGAGGAUGAAGUGGCCGUUCAGAACACUGCCAAACCUCGCGCUACCAAGGGGACUCUGGGCGGCAUGUUUGGGAUGCUGAAAGGCCUGGUGGGCUCCAAGAGCUUGAGCCGUAAAGACAUGGAAUCCGUGCUAGACAAGAUGCGUGACCACCUCAUUGCUAAGAAUGUGGCGGCAGACAUUGCCUUGCAGCUCUGUGAGUCUGUGGCCAGCAAACUGGAAGGGAAGGUGAUGGGGACAUUUAGCACGGUGACUUCUACGGUAAAGCAAGCACUGCAGGAGUCCCUGGUGCAGAUCCUGCAGCCCCAGCGCCGUGUGGACAUGCUCCGGGACAUCAUGGAUGCCCAGCGCCACCAGCGCCCUUAUGUUGUCACCUUCUGUGGUGUGAAUGGAGUGGGGAAGUCUACCAAUCUCGCCAAGAUCUCCUUUUGGUUGCUCGAGAACGGCUUCAGUGUCCUCAUCGCGGCCUGCGACACCUUCCGUGCAGGGGCUGUGGAGCAGCUGCGCACACAUACCCGGCGUCUGAGUGCCCUGCACCCGCCCGAGAGCCAUGGAGGCCGCACCAUGGUGCAGCUGUUCGAAAAGGGCUACGGCAAGGAUGCUGCUGGCAUCGCAAUGGAGGCCAUUGCUUUCGCACGUAACCAAGGCUUUGAUGUGGUGCUGGUGGACACUGCUGGCCGCAUGCAAGACAAUGCACCUCUGAUGACUGCCCUGGCUAAGCUCAUCACUGUCAACACGCCCGACUUGGUGCUGUUUGUGGGCGAGGCAUUAGUGGGCAAUGAGGCUGUGGACCAGCUGGUCAAGUUCAACAGAGCUUUGGCUGACCAUUCUAUGGCUCAAACACCUCGGCUCAUUGAUGGCAUUGUCCUUACCAAAUUUGAUACCAUCGAUGACAAGGUGGGAGCUGCUAUUUCCAUGACCUACAUCACGAGCAAACCCAUCGUAUUUGUGGGCACAGGGCAGACCUACUGUGAUCUACGCAGCCUCAAUGCCAAGGCUGUGGUUGCUGCCCUCAUGAAGGCUUAAUGUGGCUCCUGCCCAAUACCAAAUCGUUGCUUUCCCCCAAAGCCCCGAUUCCUCUAUCAAGAAUGUGCUUUAGAGUAUGUGAGCAACUUGUCUUUGUUGUAUUGCAAAGGCAGUGUGUGAGGGGAGCGCCUGCCUCUCUGUCCCACCUGCGCCUGCAAGGAUGGCGCCUAAUCAUGUUACAAUCACUGCCCCCCCCCCCCGGCCCCCAACGUAGGCAUUCCCUUCUCUCUGCCUACACCCUUGGUCUCCUCGCAGCUUCGACCAAUGGUUGGAAGAUCCAACACUAGCUCUUAUAACUCGGGUGCUGCAGGGACGUGUAAGCAGGUCAAGCGGCUUGUGGUCCCAGCUCCACUCCCCAGAGUGGGCCCGGGGUCUCGAGCAGCCCCUUUUUAGGACACAAAGCUUUCAGGUCCCUGUGGCCAAGAGGAUAUCUACCACCCCGUGACGUGUACAACCUGUUCUUAAUUGCUGCUAAUUCUCAUGAUCCCCAACCUCGUUGUUUACCCCAAAGCAUCAGUUAGUCCAGAGUGAUGUGUUACAGACGAGCGAGAGCUGAGGUAAGGGGAACUCUGCGCCUCAGUGUCGCCCUGGGCUUGGUCCCCCCUCCAUGCGCCUACCGCUACCCCAUCCCAGGAGACAAGAGCGGUUGGGGGGGCCUGCGUGUUGCCCUGUGCCGCCUCACUUCACCUUGCGAGCAGCCCCUGGCUUCCUCGUCCUCUCCAGUGCCUGGUAGACAAGUGCUAUAUUGAAGAAUAUGAACCUCUGUUCAGAUUGUCCUGUGGCUUGGUAUUACAGAUGUGCUCUUAGUGCGAUAAGAUGAUGGCUGUCUGCCCAGAGAAACACAUAAUUUAUAUAAGAAAAUAAAUUUCAUACGUAAA